UGUCUCAAAAGGUAGCGCUUGUCAUAUGUUAUAAGUCACAUUGGGCAGCCUUGCGUUGCCUUGCGUGUGACCUUGUGUAUUCAAGAAGAUUAUUGUAGAGUUGAGUCCGCUUCAUUAAACAGUAAACAUCAGAUCGUAUUCUACAUCUCACGGAUCACAAUGGCAGAUACUACCAACAGCAAAUCGCCGCUGGCUACCCAACUGCCACUGUCCAAUAUCGCAACGCAACUACUGCAGCUUAAAACUGACAGCGACUCGCCAGCUAUCCAACUAGCACUGUCCACUAUUGCGAUGCAGCUGGUGAAACUUCAGAUACACUACUCGGAACAAGAAGCAGAGCAACAGAAGAAACUCUCGGCCUUAGAAGCAAAAUCUAAACUCCAGGCGCGGGAGAUAGGCACCUUCAGCUCUCUGGUUUCCUCUCUGAUGUCCGAGUUGCACGUCGUCAGAUCUAAGCAGGAGAGACUCCAACCGACUGACCCGGCAGGGUCAAAGCCCGUCACCAACAUCUCAAGUUUCCAGAGUCUCCCAUAUGAUAUCCGACGGAGGAUCUGGCGCUACACAUUCCCCGAGCCACGGAUUGUGCAGCUCUUUGGGACUGAGCGCAUACUAGGACUAGCUGGCAAAACACCGAUUGCCAUGCAUAUCUGCCACGAUUCACGCCAGGAAGCGCGUUCCGUAUACCGAGAAAUAAACAUGAAGCAGGUCCCCGGCGGGCUCGACUUCGAGCACGACAUCCUAUACGUCAGCACCGCAGUUAAGUAUUACUCACCAGCCGGCCUCUUGUCUGACAUAGCUCGUUGGUUCGAGUUGAAGGACAUCCGACACAUCGCUUUCCAAUAUGAGCUUUGGAAGAUAAUGUGCGACGAAAAGGAGGCAUUCAAUGGGUUUCUAGAGAAGCUGAAGGGGUUGCAGGAAUUGAUAAUUGUGAUCGAUGAUGAGGUCCCAGCAACUCCAGCCCGGCGGAAACGACAUGUAGAGUUCAUCCAUUGCGGGAACAGCGUCCGUGAGGUGAUUGUGGGUAUGGUUUCUCGUACCUUGCUGGAUUUCGGGAAGAACUCGCUGCUUGCGAAGAUUAGGUAUCGGAAAGCCCUACGACAGCCGGUUCCGACGUUCCCAUCGAAGACAACCCGAGGGAUCGAUUCUAAGUUCACGAAACAAGCAGCUACUCCUGGUUCGUCGUCGGACCCUUCAGAGAGCCCAACUCCACAGUCAGGCUCGGAAACUUCAUAUCCACAACACCCACCACCCUCCGCAAAAGAUACCUUUCUAAUCAGUCUCGGAUCCCUCCCGGGAACGUCGUUCUCAAAACAUGAAUGACACGCCCUCGCAACUCAAAUCCAUGCUGAGGCAUAUAACGUCACGGUCGACGCUACGAGGGUAUGAUAUGAUACCUAUCCGCCGCUCCGCAGCAGCCCUGAAGCUAAACGCACAAGCGCGCCCUCGGAACCAAGGUUAUCAUCUCCAGUUGGUUCAGGAGGAAGUCCAUCUCAUGUAUCGUAAAAUUAUCACUAUCCGGAUGGGAGAUCGAGGUGUUAUUCCUGUCCACUCGUAUCAGCACGGUAUUCAAUAGAUA